AAAUUAGCUCAUUAAUAUUUCAUGGUGAAAUGAUUUACCACAAAACCAUAUUAUUCUACCAGCUACAUUUAUUUUGAAACUGCGAUUACUAAAGGAAGGAUGUCCAUAUCGUCAAUAUACAAAUCAUGAAGAAAGCUGUGAUAAUCUUAGUUUAUAUUGUAGUUGUUACCUUGCCAACAAUCGUUUCUCCUGACGAUGUGGGUCUUCUCUGGAAGUGCCCAAAAUGUCUUGAAAAGGGUGUUUUAUCGCCCAUAGGGCCGUGGUGUCUUCGUUGUAUGUGUGAUCAGGAAUGUCUGUUUUACGGAGACUGUUGUGUUGAUAUAAAGGUUAACAACGGCCUUCACACACAGGAAAUACAGUCGGAAUUCACGUGCAUCGCAACACCCAACGAUUCAAAAUUUCGAUUUAAAGACCUAUCAAACGGUGAUGGUUUCUAUAUGGUCGCUAACUAUAAACGCCAUGAUGGGUUUAUAGAAAACUGUGACUCUACUGUCCUACCUGUUUCUUGUCCCAAAACUGGCAAAACAUACAUCAACAAUCGAUGUGCAUUUCUUAACAAAGAAACUUCAUGUUCAAAUUGGAAAAUUCGAGGCGAAUGUAAAUACAAUAAAAACAGGGUUGCUGUCUGCGAGGAUUACAUUGUUCCACCAAAAUUUGCAGAGUUGAGAUAUUGUGAUAUUCGGAGAUCGGAACCAAUAAUUUCUCAGUGCGAUCCGGAAUUCCCAACAUCAUACCAAGAAUAUUCUGACAGUUGUGCCAAAUACUUUGUCCUCUUCCAGGACCCAGAAAACAAUAAAGUUUACAGGAACAUUUAUUGCGCUUUGUGCAACGGUUUUUUUCGACCCGGAGGGCGGCCUGUUAGGCCAACAGGGUACCCUGUGAAAACUCUAGUUGGUUUCACGGAUCAGUUUGACAAAUCGGUGAAAUCAUGCGACGGAAGGAUUUCUUGGAUGGAUAUUGGAGCGAAUAAAUGUCGACCCAUUCAGUGUUACUCCAAUAAGGUACUACGAGGUGGAAAGUGUGAGUAUGAUAAUAUGACAGCAUUGGGUAAUACCUAUCAAAUGAUGAUUAAUUUAGAGAUAAAAACCAGAGCUCGGGUUCCGUUCUUUAAACAAAUGAUAGGAAACAUGAUGGCAUCAAUAUCGUUACUGAUAUACUCUACUGAUUAUACAGUCACUACGUCUAAACCAGUGUUGAUCGGGGGAUCUUCCUAUGUCUACAUGAAUGUUUGGUUUAUCGUGAACACCGACAUCACAUUAAAGGACUUUGAAACUAAUAUCUCCAGUAGUGGUACUGAAUACUUCGGGGCUUCAGCUUUAACACUUUAUCAUACAAUAAAUUAUACAUACGUAUCUCACUCACAGUCUAUUAUGCGACAUUUUGUCUCCAACAUAACCACAAAGUUGUGUUGUUCCGAAAAGCCUGUUUCAGAGGUCGGAGAAAUAAAAGCCACCAAAUACAACUAUGAACCAAUUAGUCACCAGAUGUCCUGUUCAUUUAUUGAAUUUUAUAACAAAGAGUUUGAUGUCGAUAAUGCAUUGGCAUCUGUUGAACAUCUCAAUCUUACCUUAUCUGAUGACGACGAGUUUUCUGUGUUUCAGCAUGACCUUCGAGUAUGUUUUCAAACGUUUCUUAAUAAAAAAAACUUUACGUUCAGUAACGAAACCAUAGAGUACUAUGACACCCACACAAAGUUUGAUUGGAUUCUCUGGUAUUUAACUAUUGUUUUGAUGACUCUCUCUUUGAUAUCUAUAUGUAUAGCUUUAAUAACAUAUGGUAUGUUCCCAGAAAUGAGAACACAGCCAGGCAUCAACAACAUAGGGUUAAUGCUUAAUCUUUUUCUUGCUCAGUUAACUUUAAUUACGGGUCUGGAUCAGACACAAAAUAAAAUAUUGUGUAGAAGUAUUGGAAUAAGCAUCCAUUACCUCUGGCUUGGUAUGACACUAUGGAUGAAUGUGUGUACCUUUCACAUGUUCAAGGUAUUUGUUUUACAGAAACUGGUAAGAAAUUCUGCCCAAUCUCACGGUAUUCAGACACUGAAAUACAUUGCUUAUGCCAAUGGGUUACCAAUGAUACUGAUAGUUUGUAUAAUUAUUACAAAUGUCACGUUGUCAGGGGGAAUGGAGAUAGGUUAUGGGGGUGAUGUGUGUUAUCUAUCCUCUAAACAACUGGUUGGCUAUAGUUUUGUUCUACCCUUAUGUUUCGUCAUUGUCCUAAAUAUUGUUUUCUUUUUGUGGACAAUUAUUUCCAUCUCUCGCGUUAAACAACAAGGAAAACAAUCUGGAGAACGAAACAAUAUUGUAAUUUAUAUAAAGCUUUCUGUUCUGACCGGUCUGUUUUGGUUGCUCGCUGUUUUAUCAAAUUUUAUUACCAGUUGGGCUUUAGAAUAUCUGUCUGUAAUUUUUAAUGCAUCCCAAGGAGUCUUCAUUCUGUGGUCCUUUAUAUUAAAAACAUCUGUGCUUUCUAAAUGGAAGCAAAGACUAUGUAGUGAAGCUGAAUCUGGCUCCAUUGAACAAGCGACAAAAUCUAGCCAACUUAAGUCAGUGUAGACCCAGCUUGUAGUUUAGUCAGGGUUUUCAGCCAUCGUUAACAUACUUAAAGCUUUGACAUACUUAAAGCUCUGACGUUAAACACCCAAUACAAUACGACGUACCCAUAGCGGCUACAUUUUGGUCUGGCUGGUUGUAGACAGAACAUUAACUUAUAUAUACAUGAUCAUAUGUUGGGACAUUCAACGUUCAACACAAUACCUAGAGGACUUCAGAUGUUGAUAUAGUCAUCAUCUUUAGGUUCCAGUAUAGAUCACUGGAAUUAUUAUAUAUAACUUGUCUCCAAUAAAUACAAGUGCUUGUUUAACAAUACAACUUCAUAAGCAUGUUUAAUAAAUAAACCAUAAGGUUUGACAUUUAGAAAUAAAUUGUAAUAACACCCUUAAGAUUUUAUUAUAUAUGUAACUGUUUUAUCAAUUUAAUUACUUGUAAUUAUUAUCCUUAAGGGGCAUGUUUUAACGAUAUACUUGUGAUAUAAAACUAGUAUAGCUGGUAUGAAUAGAAGAACUAUGUUGUGGUAUGGACAGAAUAGUAACAACAAUUGUGAGU